AACUAUGCCAGCUGUCGUUAAACCUCAAAGAAGAAGAAGAACCUGUGCUGAGCCCAACACGGAACUCAUGAAAGCUACACUACUAAUGCUAACCAGCUGUGCAGCCGGUUCUUGCUGACAGUUACUCACCUUGCGUUCUCACUUUUACUGUAAUUUACUUAACGUUAACUGUUACAGAGCUGAAUGACAGAGGCUGUGCUGUCUAUGCGUUACUGUUUUGUAAAAAACCCAUGCAGCUGAGGCGCUAAAAAUGAGAGAAGGGUGAAGACGGGGUUUUCAGUCCAUCUAGAGCUGGCUGAAAACAACGGAUCCGCCUAAUCAGGUGCAGGUGCAGGUACAGCAGGGAAAGAUGGAAAAUAUGCUGUGAUUGGGCUCUCCAGGACCAGGCGUGACCACCACUCCCAUCUGUUUGUAACAGACUGACAGAUAAGUGUUGGUUGCGAUUGAUUCAAUUAUAUUUGUGCCAGGCAAGUAGUCAGGUGGUAUUUUGUGGCGUUUUGCCCCAAACACAGGAUGGAGAUAGACAGUACUGUUACCAGUAGCUGAAUGGUUUGAGUGAUAAUCAGCAGCACACAUGGCUUUUUGGUUAUGAGGGUGUUAAUCAAUUUGUGUCUGUUAGGGGUCAAGCCUUCAAAGUAUUUUAAUGGCCAUUGUGUAAGGCCUUCUGCUUUGAAGGGAUGAUGUUUUACCACAGUAUAAAAUGCACUGAGUACUGCUUCAUUUAAUGCUUUUGUUGUCUUUAUUUUCAAAACAAGUCCCUCUUAUGAGACAGUAACCACAAACUUUGCAUCCGAUCAGAUAUGUGUAACAUUUUCAGAAUAGAGGUGAUUCAAUAAAGUACAUUUACAUUAAUUUCAUCGGUGAUACCAAAGAUGAGGUUACACACAGAAUAAUUAAAAAAGCUUUAAGUAAUUCAACUUAAAAUAAAAGCAAGUAGGCUACUUUUUAGCAUUUACCUUUCCAUAUACACCUGUUACUAUUUGUAAUUUUAUUCAAUUGGUCUAAUGCUAGAGGCUCUUUAAAAAGGGUUUAUAUAACCUACAGAAAUAACAGACUGUUACUGAGCUAACCCGUAGCUAGCUAGCCGGACAGUGUAGAAUAUACUUUCGAUUAAACAGGACUGCAUUCCAAAAACCUUACUGAGUGCAUCCACUGAUUGGAUGAAGGUUAACAGGUGGUGAUUUCUUGCUAAAAAUUAAAAUAUUUAAUGUUUUUUUCUAAAUACUUUCCUUAAUCAUGUACAUUUAUAUUCAACCACUUUCCCUAAUCUCUCUCCCCUGUACUUUCUUUGGUUGUCUCUGUAUUUGCAGAGUGUGUGUCGUGUGACUCAGCUCUUGUGAAGCCAUGGAGAAGCCCUGGAGGCUGUGGGGGGCAAUGGAGCGUUGUACCCUGACUCUGGCCUCUUGGUCCUGGGGUGCUUGUCGAGUCUCCCUUUUGGCCCUCAUCCUCACCUUCCACCUGUAUGGAGGAUUCUUUCUCCUAGCUCUUAUCCUAGCCUCUGUGGCAGGCAUCCUGUACAAAUUUCAGGAUGUGCUCCUCUACUUCCCUGACCAGCCCUCCUCCUCUCGCCUUUAUGUUCCCAUGCCAACAGGAAUCCCACAUGAGAAUGUGUACAUUCGCACCAAGGACGGUGUGAAGCUUAACCUCAUCCUGCUUCGAUACACAGGAGGGGACACGCCUCCUGGAGUCACCCCUGGCAAUCAAAGCAGCCCCACUUCCUCUGCUCCACCUACCAUCCUUUAUUUCCAUGGUAAUGCAGGUAAUAUUGGUCAUAGGGUGCCAAACGCCCUGUUGAUGCUAGUCAAUCUGAAAGCCAAUGUGGUGCUGUUGGACUACCGUGGCUAUGGAAAAAGUGAGGGUGAGCCCAGUGAGGAUGGACUGUACCUGGAUGCCGAGGCCACACUGGACUAUGUCAUGACCCGUCCUGAUCUGGACAAGACUAAGGUGGUACUAUUUGGCCGCUCACUGGGGGGUGCUGUGGCUGUGCGCUUGGCGUCAGUCAACCCUCACCGUGUAGCAGCCAUUAUUGUUGAAAACACCUUCCUCAGCAUCCCCCACAUGGCAGCGACACUCUUCUCCUUCUUGCCCAUGCGCCUGCUGCCUUUGUGGUGCUAUAGGAAUCAGUUCCUCUCCUAUCGGCAGGUGGCACUGUGCCGCAUGCCCUCGCUGUUUGUGUCUGGUCUGUCAGACCAGCUCAUCCCACCAGUCAUGAUGAAACAACUGUAUGAGCUGUCUCCUGCGCGGACUAAACGCCUGGCUAUCUUUCCAGAGGGCACACACAACGACACGUGGCAAUGUCAGGGCUACUUCGCUGCUUUGGAGCAGUUCAUGAAAGACCUGCUGAAGAGCCACGCCCAUGAGGAGAGUGCUCAGCCCUCAGCUAGUGUCACCAUUAUCUGAAAAAAAAGAAGAAAAAUAACAGUCAGGGACUGACUGUUGACUACAGGUUAAGAGCUGGAGGAAGUGAAGGCUGUCACGGAAAUUGAUUGGAUGGACUUAAUUGAUUUUUGGAAAGAAUGUACAUUUUUUUUAUGCUUUGUCUGGGUUUUUAUUUUAUUUCACUCUUUUUACCUUUCUGUAAAUGUAACAUAUUUGUUAAAAUGAUUGAACUAUUUCAAAGUUUAAAGAGAGGGUAACAAUGCCCUCAACAAUGUUUUUUGUGUUGCAGCUAUGAAUGCAUGUAUUUAUGACCUUAAAUGAAUGAAGCCAGAGCAUACAUGCCCACACUGCAAGACAUGUCAUUACCACAAAAAAUUGCUGUAAUGGCUCUACUGAAAUGAAUUAAAAUCACUGAAACAAUUGUUCAUAGUUUAAUUACCAUAUGAGGACCUACAAUAUUUCAGUGAAAACUGAUAAUUUCUGGAAUUAAAAUUACAUUUCUUCUGAUAUACAAAAUGGGACACUGAUAAUCUGUAGGCCUAUACUGUGUAUAUAUAUCUUUGUUAAUACAUAGCACUUUUUUGUUCAGAUUUAAAUGUUGAGUUAUGUAGGCUAACAUCUGAGCAAUACUUUGAGGAGCAUAAGGAUGUUUUUUUCUGUCCCCUGUUGGUGAGGAACAUAAAUAUUGUGUGAGUACUUGCAGCAGCUUGGCAUGACAUGACAUUGUAGUGAUCAAUAUUUAUAUAUACCUUUUGAAAGUUUUGUCUGGCACAAUAGCAUAAAUAAAUAUGUGCUGUUGAAACAAUUGUAUUCAGACACAAAAGUGUUGGCUUAGAUGAAAUGGUCAGUAAGAUAAUGUUGACAUGGUUGUUAUUUCUGCCUAUCAGAAAUAAGUCCGUGAAAUAUUAUUUCCUGUCAAACUACUUCUGUUUCAGUGCGAUUGGGAUAAGCUAAGAGAUAUUGUUACUAUGUCCUGUUAAAACACAACUAGCACACAGGAUAGUCUCCUCUCUUGGCUCCUGUAGUUUGGUAAGGAGCGUUUGCUCUGUGUGUGGUUUGUUAUUAAAGGAUGGGUUCAGAUUUCUUCAAGUCUAUCUUAGUACAUCACUAUAAUACAUAUGCCCAUAUGUACACUGAAAGAGUUUUUGGUCGCUGUAAUCUUCUUGUCCAUACUGACCGUGAAGAGAUAUGUUUCUAACAUAAAUCCAUUGGGAAAGAUGGGGGACAAAAUACACAGUUCUCGUUUUAUGCAAAGAAGUAUUCUGAGGUUGAGCAGAGGCUAGUAUGAGCAGUGAGCAGUCUGAGUAAGACAAAUCAAGUGGGUAUAUUCCAAGGUAAAGUCUAUUGAGUAGAAGAUUUCCUCUUUGUGUUACUUUUCCUCCACUCAGAUCAACAAGGAAACAGUGUGGCAAAUUCUAAACUAGGCAUUUUGUGUUUAAAAAAAAAAAGACUUUUAAUCUUUUAAAGUUAUUUACGUUAUUUGUUUAACUCAAACUGCUGAAGCCUCUUAUUAACUUCGGCUGAACUUUAGAAUGAAAGAGGACUAGAGGACACUAAUCGCACUAGGAAGGGAUUUCUUAAUGGCUAGUACAGACCGGAGGAAUGGUUACAUCUACCAAUUACUCUUUCAACAUACAUACAUAUGGGCAUGUGAGUAUUGUAUUAAAAGGUAAUUUGGUUAUUUUUAAACUAGGGCCCUAUUUUUUUUCAUAUUUUGGGGUCUAAAUGACUAAUAGGUACAAAAAGUUUUGGAACUGGUCCAGAAGAUCGCCUCAGCCGGCAGCCGCGAAAUGGGUUGCGACGUAAUCCUUGGGGGCAAUUGCGCCUGUCAAAAGUAUGUCCACUAAAAGUGCUUGUUUUUGCCAAAAUGUUUUGUACCUAUUAGUCAUUUAGAUCCCAAAAUAUGCAUAAAAAAAAUAGGGCCCAGGUUUAAAAAUACUGGAAUUACCCUUUAAGAUAGUCUUGAAAAAAGUGUGAGUGUUUUUAAUCAAAAGUUGUGAUUAUUUGUUAGCUAUUAUCAUCAGCAUCACAAUUAUUAAUUGGAGGAUUCUAGGUUCUCAUCUCACCCCAUGCUUAUGUGGCAAAAUGGCUUUACUCACUUGGAGGGCUUUUAAUGAGCUAAUUAACCUUUCCUGCAUGUCUUCCAGGGGGUGGAGCAGAGCCUGGCGAUUAAAACACUGUUAUCUGCUCUUGCUUUCCAAAUGCAGCAUGCUGCACUGCAGUGGUAUCAAAGCCAUUUCAAUACAGAUCUCCUUAGCCAUAUAUGAUACUGUUUGUAAACAGUAUACUAAACAAAAUUGAACAAACAUCAGAAGACCACAUUUGUUUGUGUCAAUGAGAUAACAACUUGAAAAAUGGUCUAAAAGCUACUCUGAAUGUAAAUUGUGGUCUUAAAUUAAUAAGUGUGCUUUAUAAGAAAGUCUUUUCUCCCGUUUUGUGUGAUGUUUUGCCACCAUUGGCACGGAACAGUUUCAGGCAUUUUUGUAUUAUAUCAAAUCCAUGAGCUGAGUUAGAUGCAUUCAAUUUAAUGAUCAUAUGUUGGCAGAACACAUUGCGCACUCUGAAGUUAACAAUGUGACAAUACAUUAAUUUAGUUCCGCGCACUUUAUUUUACACACUUGUGCUGUUAGUUUGCAUUUCACCAUGUCUUCAUUCAAGAAAAAACGUAGGAACUUGUCAUAAUUCUCUUGAUUUAUUGUUUUGGUUGCUGGCCUAAAGCAAAAUUAAUAAUAACUAGAAGAUUGGGUUUUUAUCCAAGCCAAAUGUAUUGUUGUCCAACACCCUGUUGAUGAAAAGAAAUGGAAUCUAACUGAAUGUCUGUCCUUUUUUAAAUAAAGAAAAUAAUUGUGGUAUUGUGCAAAAGCACUAUGGAACAUAUUUUUAUAUGUUCAUAUGAUUGUGAAUAGAGUGGAAUGAAUGCCAUUGAAAGUGUUGGCAUACUUUGGAAUUUGCAUUUGCAAGCUGGCAUGUAAUUAUGUUGAGUCUUAGCAAAUUUCUGUAAUGAACUUGCAUAGUGUUGACAUUGUGUACAUCUACCGUGACUUACAGUGACUCCACAUUGACGAAGCAGUGAUGGGAUAUCUGAACAGUCAGACAUCUGAAAGAUUCAUCUUUAUCUUUAGUAUGAAGCAGUCAGUUUGAGGGAUUUUCCAUUUUAGAGUAACAUUUCUUUUCUAUUUUGAAACAAUGUUGACAACUUCUUUUGUAAGCACACAUUUUCACUUUCUAUUUUCUGUACUGUUACAUGCAAUAAAUUGAUACAUUAAAAUUG